UCUCAAUCGAAUUCAGACAACAAAUUAAAUCCCGAAAGUCCCCCUUUCGAAAGACUGACUAUAUUAUUUCUGUUUCAUCAUUUCCUCCAAACCAGCCAUCUUACAUACAUUUGUUUAAGUUUUCUAGACUUUUUUUUUUUCUUUAUCAAAAAAUCCCAGAUUUGGAUUUCUCUCAGUUUGAUCCCAUAUUUUCUCUUGUUCAAUUAGGACGAUAAAGACGCAUCAAAACUCCGAGAAUCUUUCGCCUUGUUGUGUUUGAAGUUCGUAAUUUGACACCUCUUUUAUGCAUGUUUCUUGAAAAAGGACAAAGACCCAAGUUCUUUUUUCUGUGCGUUACCGAAUAUUCUGCAAGUUUUGAUAAAUCCUUCCUUCCGUGCCCGAGUCAAUUUUCUAGCUUGAAUUUUGAAAAAUGGCGGUUGAACUUUGUUCGGAGAAGAGUUCAUCCAUUGGAGCAAGUACAAGUAGUACUGGUUCUACUCCAAGAAUCUCCUUCUCUUAUGACUUCAUCCAAUCUGAUGUCGUGCCGAUAGAGCAACGCCCUCUGAGAUCAAACUCUCCGGGUCUGAAUUCAAGCAUCGAUUUCGAUUUCUGCGUCCGGGAGAGCUUCGGCCAAGAAUCGUCCUCGGCCGACGAGCUUUUCUCGGACGGGAAAAUUCUUCCUACUGAUCAAAUCAAGAAAAAAACUACUACUACUACAACAACAGCAACUCCUACUACUACUGCUUCUGUCGUUCAACCAAUCAAACUCGUUUCGGACCGUCACGACGCGCCUCAACCCGAUCAGACAUUUCAGCAAACACAUGGAGCGCGUGACGAAAACACCAGCAAGAGCUUGAAGAGUGAAUCCAAAUCGUUCUGGAGGUUCAAGAGAAGCAGUAGUUGUGGGUCUGGCUAUGGAAGGACGUUAUGUCCUUUGCCUCUCUUGUCUCGCAGCAAUUCUACUGGGUCUGCAGAUGAAACCAAACCCAUUAACAUUAAUAGCAAUGUCAACAAAGCUUCGAAGCAGAAUAUUUCCCACAAAUAUAAUAACGCUUCAACAAAGCUUCAUCAAUCUCAUCAAUGCCAAAAGCCUCCGUUAAAGAAGGGCCACGGAGGUUAUGGCAAUGGCGUUUCAAUCAACCCGGUUUUGAAUGUUCCUCCGGCGAACUUGUUUGCCAUAGGCUCGAUCUUCUCCAAUGGCAAGAACAACAAGAACAAGAAAAAGUGACUGCUUUGCUUACUUUCUUUUUUUCUUUUUUUUCUCUUU